AUGCCGGACGCGCAACAGCGGAAGCUGGCAUUGCAACCUUUCGACGGAAAGGAGCUCUACCACGGCCUUGGCUGUGGAUUCAUGGAGUGGGGCAAAGAAUUUGUCAGACAAGUCGGGUUUGCUGAGCAAGCGUGUGGUUUCGUGUGGCCAGAGGACAUCAAGGUUGAUGUUCUAGGUCAGCACCUAGCCGGCAAGGCACAGACCUACUAUCGUCGUCAAGUGGAAACGUGGUGGUUUGAAAACCAAACCCUGGAACAUGCGAUGCAGAGACUACUGCAGACGUUCACGACGAAGAUCUCGCCAGCACAAAGCAUGGAGUUGUUCACAGCACCCAAGGCAUCCCAUCGAAACUGGACAGACCAUUUUCUGUACUUGACGGCCGUCAGUGACGCCUGUGGAGGUGCAGACAACCUUGUGCUGGACAACAUCGUCCAUUAUGCUGACCCACACAUGCGAACGACGAUGUUGUCCAGAUUGGACAUUCAUCGCACCGAUUACCUGCGGCAAGCAGAAGAGUUGGCGCAAUUUGCCCAAUCGACGGAGGUGGACACUCACUCGAAGAUUUUUGGACGCGAUGUGGUGAACACUGUCGAGGUUGCGCGGGAGUUCAAGGACAAACGCAAAUCAAGACCGUCGCUAUCACGCACCGACACCCGGACUUGUUUCAAAUGUGGAGAAGUGGGUCACAUUCGUUCGAGGUGCCCCAAAAUGAAGAAGAAGCCCUCGGGUGCAAAUUUCGUUUUCGCGGUUGGUCGCGGUGCGAGUCGCUCGCCCGGACAAUGGAUUCUCGACAGCGGUUCGAGUAGACAUUUGGUCAAUGACCCGAGUCUGCUGACUGAUCCGAUUGAUUGCCGCAGCGAGUGCAUGACUGCAGCCACUGAUGGAAGUGCGCUGCGGAUCACCCUACAGGGAACUGUAGACAUCCAAGUCGUUGCACUUGGAGUCGUGAACACAGUGAGGCUCCUCAAUGUUCAGUAUGCGGAGAACCUCGAGCGUAACAUCCUUUCCUACGGAUUGCUCGAGGCAAAAGGUUGCGUACUUGAAUAUCGAGGAGGGAGGCGCGUGUUGUCUUCCGGUACGGGCGGUGCACCCAUCAUGGAUGUCGAAUGCUGCAACAAUGUGUUGGUUGUCGCGGUGACAAAUCACAGUGAUCGUAAUUCCAAGCCACCACAAGCGGCACUGAUGACUGUCGUCAACCCACCUGAAUACGAAUCCGAUUCGGAUGUUCUAUGCGGUACCUUGAUGGACUUUCAUCGACGUUUAGGACACCUUUGUUUCGACACGAUCGUCAAGAUGGCGAACGAUCCGGCAUCAUGCAUCCGACUGACUGAUUCGACACGUCAGAAGUGUCUGGCCUGUGCCCAGGGAAAACAGACCAAGGGAGCCCAGUCGAAGAGAGAUACAGGCGCGAAUUCUCCAAUCGACGCGAUCGGGGGAGUCAUUUGUUCGGACCUUAAGGGUCCCAUGACCCCCCGAGAUCGUUUGGGAAAUCGGUACAUGGUCAACUUCAUCGACCACCGUUCGAGUUACUGUCGAAUAUUUUUGGCCAAGUCGAAGAAUGCAGCCGCGUUAAAGUUCAAGCUCUUCAUGGCAAACUUCGAGCGCGAGUUCAAUUGCAAGGUUCAUGUCUUACGCACCGAUGGAGGUGGCGAAUACAAGACACUCGAUAUUUUCUGCUCUUCGGAAGGCGUCUUGCGUCAAGUAAGCGAGGCGAAAAACCAAGCAAGCAACGGCAAGGCUGAACGGAUGCACCGCACCGUCAUGAACAUGGUGCGGAGUAUGAUCUUUGCAUCAAACCUGCCGCUCUCAUUUUGGGGUGAUGCUGCAGAGUACGCCUCGUACAUAUUGAAUCGAAGCAAAACCAAGUCCAACCCCGGAUGUGCAUCGCCCUUGGAGAUCCUGACAGGCAAGGCUCCCGUGCUGACAGACAUUGUGGCCUUUGGUUCAACAUGCACUGCGCACAGAGACCCGAAGAACAAGUCACUCGGUGAACGAGGCAAGGCGGGCAUCGUCAUUGGGCGAGGCAGCGAAACGAAGGGAUACAAGGUGUACAUCCCAGUGGAUAAGGUGGUCGUGGUGACUCAACAUGUUCAAAACAUUGAAGCACCACAGGAUGACCAGGAUGAGAGAAAGACCUGUCCAGACACGGCACGACGUCAGGAGGAGCUAGGCCCUGAUCAUCAGGCGGAUGAAGAAGAUCGGCAAGAUGGUGUGAAACGUGCGAAGCAGGUCAGAAAAGGUCGAAAGUCGACAUGGACCAGAGAGCGACAUGGGACAAGAUCGACAACGUCAAGUCAACCAAAGGUGGUUGAAGUGCACACCUCGGUGGACGGUUGCGACAUCGUGAACGCGAUCGUCGAGCAAGACCCGAAGCACUAUGGUGAGGCAAUGAAGAGUGGACAACGCGACCAAUGGCAGGCAGCCAUGACCGAAGAAUUGGACGCACUCGAGGCGAACGACGUCUGGAAGAUCGUAGUGCCACCAAGAAAUGCACACGUGUUGCACAACAAGUGGGUCUACAAAACAAAGACCGACGCGAACGGAGAUAUCGAGCGAUACAAGGCUUGA